GGUGCACACAUUGUACUGAACACGCAGCCGAUCUGCACCCAUUGCCACCACUGUAACACCCAUGCACCACGACAAGGUCACCAGUUCCUCUUAAUAGCUACUCUCCGCGCACAAUCUCUCAUACCUGACUCACUACUAUCUUGACCAGUCCUCCUUCGUCUAUGAGCCUCGCUUAGCUUCACCUAAACCGCGUAUACAGACUCAUCUCCAUAUCUAGCUUUAUACUCGGAUCAACCUACCCCUCGCCCAUUUGUGUGCUAUUAUUUGUUGUUGUUGCUGCUGUCUCCGCUGAUCCCCACUCACCCUGCCUCCUGCUGUGAUGUUGAACGUGAGUGCGCUGCAAGGCAACACACGAGACCGGAGAUGGCUCAUGAUUGAGGUGUGUCGCGAGUUUCAGAGAGGUAAAUGUUCGCGGGAAGCAGACGAGUGUCGCUAUGCUCACCCUCCCGCCCACGUGUCGAUAGAGAACGGUCACGUGACCGCUUGUUUUGAUUCGCUCAAGGACCAGUGUACACGUGACUCCUGUAAGUACCUCCACCCUCCCAAACUGGUAAAAGAAGAACUACAAGCCUCCUCCCGAGCCUUCUCUCAGACCCAGACUGCUCUGCAGCAACUCUGCAACCCCCUCAUGCUGCAGCAACAGGCUAUGUGCGCUACUCAGUUCUGUGAUAUGUCAAAGUCGGCUGGAAUGAUAAACAUGAUUUCUCCGUGGGGGUUCAUGGUGCCUCAGGUAAUGCCGCUCUCUUUCACCCCAACUGCCGUCGUCAUCCCAGAGGUUCCCUGCUCCGGUGGCAGAAGGAAGGAUAAAUCCGACAAACUAGAGGUAUGUAGAGAAUACCAAAGAUCCCAGUGCCCGAGGGGUAACGACGAGUGCAAGUAUGCUCACCCCGAACCCCACAUACACCCUGACCCUAAUGAUAAUAUGGUUACCGUCUGUAUGGACUUCAUGAAGGAGCGUUGUGAGCGAGAGUCGUGUCGCUACUACCACCCUCCCCCACACUUACAAGCUAGAGUUAAAGCUAACCAGCUCAACGCCUCCUCCCUCAUGGCCGCAGCUGCCCAGUCUCAGGCUCUUGCUCUGGGACCGGGAGGUACCGGGAACCAGUUGUCCUACACGACACCAGCCUCCUCCGCCGCUCUCCUCCCCACCUCCAGCACCUGCACCACUCCCUCCAUGGCCUUCUCCUCCUACCAAUCCAGCCCGCUCUCCGCCGCCCUCCCCAGCCAAUAUUACCACGCCCAGCAAGCUGCUGCCCUGGCACCUAACCCUGCCCUUCAACCCACCCUGAACCCAAUGUACGCGCUAAGCGGACUUAACGGGCUCUCAGGAGGGGCUCAUGGUCUGGCAGGUGCAGGUUUGGGGCAGGCCUUCUCUGGGGCUGGUCUGAUGGGAGGUGCUGGCCUUAUGAGCAUGGCUGGGGCGGGAAAUCCGGGAGCUGGGUUGUACGACCCAGCUACCUUGAGCGCUAUGGGGGCUCUGGCUCUACCCAAGGACCCCAUCGCUAGAUCGACCAUGUUAGCUCAAAUGGCUGCUGAGAAAGCCGUUCUGACUAGCCGCAAGAGAAAGCUGAUGGAUACUAUGUCCGGGUACCCUGAGAUGGUGAAGAGACAAGCUCUAGGAGUGGCCGGGGCAGGACAAGCCUCACUCAUGUCUCCGUGGAACAUGUCCCAGCAGUUGGCGCUACAAGGGGCGCUAGCCGGACAGGGCGCUAUGACAGCUCAACCUCAACUCCUAACCAGCUCUGCGCUUAUGAAUCCCACAGCAGCAGCUCUAAUGCAUCAGCAAGCAGCGCUGGGGUACACCACGUACGCCUUACCAGCCUCCUCCUCUCCAUACAGCAUACCAGCUCAAUACCCCUCCGCUCAGCAAACAGUUGCUCAGACCCCUACUGCUACUCCUACUCAAUAGUAUGUCACCAGGUAAAUCUGUUAGACAAAAGACCGAAUCGCAGGCGAGAUAUACGGAGCCCAUGAACUCUAAUACUUUGUUGAUGUUUUGUUUUUGUUGAUGGAUGAUAAUAUUUAAACAUUUGAUAUUUAAAAUGAAAUAUGGAAUGUGGAGAAAAGCCUUGGGCGGAGAUUUUAUUACGUUACGAAAGAUACCAGAUGUGUAUUUAGUGUAUACAUUACACAUACCUCAUACACUGGCAAGUAUGCGCACAUAUUUAAUAUUCACGAUCGUUGUUUGCCUCUGUAAGACUUUUUACAGAACCUACGAUCGGGAGACAGCAAAUAAUUAUAAUACUUAGAGGCCUCAAUGUGUUGUAAUUUUUAGAUUUUUAUUUAUUAAAUUGUAGCUCUCACAUAACUCGUAUUUGUUAAUUUAUUUAAAAAGGAGAAGAUCCUGCCUAUCCGGUUGAUUGACGAUCAUAUUGUUCUAUUAUUGUAGUUCGAUUAAUUUAAGGAAUGUAACGCGUUAAGGAGAAUGGUUACAACCGUAUUCAUAUUAUAGAAAAUUGAAUCCUCUCAAAAGUCCGUUCAAUGGUCCAUUAUUGAAUUCUUUAACAGCUCAAGCCUUUCUGAUACAAUGAAAAAAAUGAUGAAGGUUGCUACCGUUUUCUUUACACGAAAGUUAGCUAUUCAAUUUUAAAUUCGAAAUUACUAUUAGUAUUACCAGUUCGGACUGAUUUAUGUUUGUUGAUAUAUGCGAAUUGAUAUCAUAUAAUGAUGUAUGGUUGUUUUUAAUUCUAAGAUCUCAAUAUGAUAGUUGACAUGACUUAAUCUUGGCCUUGAUUUUAAGAUAGUUGGAUUUUAAAAUACAUUGAUAUGAUUUUGAUGUCUCUCUACGAUAAUGAUGUUUUGGGGCUCCUUGAUUCUGUAAAAUAGUAAGGAAAAUCUACAACUAUUUGGUAUUUUUAAGCUAUAUAAUAUACAAUAUUUGUAAGAUAUAUACCCGCCAGGAAUCGUUUUUUCAAGUGAAUUAUUGAACUUGAAUUUUACCCGAUGUUUUAGCAAUAUAAUGUUUAUAUUUCGGUUUUUAGACGAUGAUUUACCCUUUGUAAAUACUGACUUUGUACUUUCCAUUCCGCCGCCAGCUACAAAGCUGCUGAAUGCUGCACUGUAAAAUACACAAUUUUAGGGGGCUACGCUCAUGCCAAACGCCAGCAUUAUAUAGCUUUGUUAUUUUCACACCUAGUGAUCUAUCACACGCCACCAUGAUUCUUAUCUGUUAGGUGACAGCUCGCUAAUCGCAAUCUAUCACUGGUUUUAAGAGUCAUACAAAGCUCGAAAAUUUCGUUGCUACAACCGCUGACCUUCUAAGUUUAAAUAAAAACACGCUCUUCAAGCCGAAAUAAGAAGGUUUUAUUUGCUAUCGCUGAUUGUUAUAAUCUUCAGACUAUGU